GCAACGCUGUCAAAUCGAGCGAUGAGCAGCAUCCUAGCCUCCCUCAUUGCCAUAACAACCGAUGGCACAAUCAGCAUGGUUAGAUGAAAUAAUACUCCUCGGUCCUCGCAUUACGCACCACACMGCUCAACAGAGGACUUCAUUAAAACGGGAAAAAAAAUUGGGAGAGAGAGACAAGGCGAUCGCGCAAAGGUGACUCGUAGACCCAAACAAUUUACGUCAAGAUAAUCUAGACCAGUUUAACCCUGCAGGUGCAACCGCAAACGGUGAAAGCUCGUUGUCGGUCAAACGGAACGCUGUAGACAGAAAAAGAAGUGAAGAAAACAGGAGACCUGUUUUAGAGAGCUGCGGUGACAUUUCUACAGCGGGAAAACCACGAGCUCGAAAAGGUUUUCUGCCUAGCUCGUUCUAUGCGCGUGGGUCUGCUCCUCACGAGCAGGAAGUGUAACUCGAAGCGUGGGAAAGCUGCGUUACGUCGGGGGGCUGCUGAGACUCACUGGCAUCGUUUGCCCCGGUUUUCCCCUGUUCCACCAUGGAUCGGGAGAAUGGAGAGUCCGGGAAAGGGACGUGGAAAAAGCAAGUCGACGAUAUCAAGAAAAUAUUUGAAUUGAAAGAGAUCCUCGGAACCGGGGCAUUCUCUGAGGUGGUGUUGGCCCAGGAGAGGUCUACAGGGAAGAUGUUUGCUGUGAAGUGUAUCCCCAAGAAGGCCCUGAAGGGGAAAGAGAGCAGCAUCGAGAACGAGAUCAACGUGCUCCGCAAGUUCCCUCCAGAUGUGUGUCUGCGUGUGUGCACAUCUGUUUUACUUACCUCGUUUACUGACCCCCUCUCUGUCUGUGUCUACAGAGUGUCGGGAGGUGAGUUGUUUGACCGUAUCGUGGAGAAGGGGUUCUACACAGAGAAAGAUGCCAGUACGCUCAUCAGACAGGUGCUAGACGCUGUCGAAUACCUCCACAAGUUGGGCAUCGUCCACAGAGACCUGAAGCCAGAGAACCUGCUGUAUUUUAACCCCCAGGACGAGUCUAAGAUCAUGAUCAGUGACUUUGGUCUGUCCAAGAUGGAGGGCAGCGGGGACGUCAUGUCGACCGCGUGCGGCACGCCGGGAUACGUGGCUCCAGAAGUUCUUGCUCAGAAGCCCUACAGUAAGGCAGUGGACUGCUGGUCCAUCGGAGUCAUUGCAUACAUCCUGUUGUGUGGCUAUCCUCCAUUCUAUGAUGAAAAUGACUCCAAGCUCUUUGAGCAGAUCCUCAAAGCAGACUACGAGUUUGACGCACCGUACUGGGACGACAUAUCUGAUUCAGCCAAAGACUUUAUCGGCAGUCUGAUGGAGAAAGACCCGGCGAAGCGCUUCACCUGUGACCAGGCCCUCAGACACCCAUGGAUCGCUGGGGACACAGCCCUCUGCAAGAACAUCCACGAGUCUGUGAGCAGACAGAUCAGAAAAAACUUUGCUAAGAGCAAAUGGAGGCAAGCCUUCAAUGCCACUGCAGUGGUGCGACACAUGAGGAGACUGCAGUUGAGCAGCAGUAUGGGCCACAGCAUGGACAGCUCUCACCCUCACCCUCCUAACAGCCGGGCCGCACAGAUGCAGAACCAAKGGAACCAGGCCAACCAGAACCWGGCCAYCCAGACMCCCAACCAGACCCCUAGCCAGAGCUCUACUCAACCCUCUCCGAGUCCAAGCCAGACUCGGAGCCAGAACCCUAAUGCAGCCAUUAUGAAGAGCUUUUCUGUGGACUCACCUCACAAGGACUGUGCCCCAGCUACUCCCACCCCCUGCAGCCUGGCAACUGCAGCCUCCUCUUCCCCCUCCGGGGGGACGGAGCUCACCCGGCCCCACCCCUCUACUGUUGCCACAGUACUAACAGAGACUAAGUGACGCCAGGUCCCGCGGGGGACCAGCUGGGAGGCUACGGCGCUGUGAGAGAGAGAGAGAGAGCGGGGCGAAAACCGCACCCUCCCUUUCCUUACCGUACCCCUACUACCCCCUCCCAGCCUGCCCCCCGCCCUGCCCCUCCCUCAUGCUGCAUCUGGGAGGACUGGGAGAGCAGAGGACUUUAAACCCAUUGCACCAAUAACAACAUGCCAUACUCACCUUGGACAUGCCCAUUGUGUCGACUCUGUGGAACCACACCCACUCCGAGAGCAUUACUGAUUGGUUUACCUUUGAGUGUUUGUUUCUGUCAGAGACCAUGAUGAGUGAAGUGGGUGUGUUUUCAGAAGCUUCCGUCGGAUUGGGCGUUGUCUAUGUCAGUCAAACUCAAUUUCCCUCUAGUUUUUCCUACAUCUUCUAUAAGGUUCUACUUGUGAGUUUUUAAAAUUCUGUUUAUUUUCUAUAUUUCAUCCUCUGGGUUAACAGUUACCAACUGGAUUCUUUUUCAUUUCUAUUUUCUUGCAUUUUCUUUCCAUGUUCAUGUUGAUUUCUUUUUGUUUGCGUCCAUGUUUAAGACGUGCUUUAAAAGUACCAUAAGACUGUUGAGUGAUGUUUCAUGAGUAAGCGCUUUAUCUAUUUGCACAUGAGGUUUGGACGCAGUUUCAGACGUAGAUAAUGUGUGUACAGCCACCAAGUUAGACAACUCAUCUACGGGAAUUUAUCAGACAGAGAAUAGAGAAUGUAAACAGUUUUAAAAUACCCAAAAUUGGGUCAGAGCAUUGUACAACAUCUUUGUUAAGGGAAACAUGCACUAUGUUUAAUUAUUGUCUUACUUUAGAAGACUUUCAUAACGACCACCCAAUAGGGGACGCAUAUACAGUAUAUUAUGAAACGCACUGCAGGUUUAGGAUAGAGUUGGAGAGUGCUGUUAGUUUUAACCAUCACCAGUUACAUGUGGGGUUUCCCACCCUAAAGAUCAGGGGCUACAGGUGGAAAACCAGGCACUUCCAAAUGGGCCUCAGAAAAAGCCCAUGUAGAAGAGCAGCCAUUUCUGUAGUGUAGUGUAAGCAUGGGAACCCCUGACCUACAGUAUCAGUUUCCCACGAUCCAAGAUGGUGGAGCUGUUGUCUCUACCCCCAUCCCUUUUACAAAGCCAUGACCUCACCACAAGAGCCAUCAUCAUCAUGAUGACAUCAUCAACCGGGCACCCAGUACACAAGUUCUCAGGGAUUUGGACUGGGCGCCGUGGUGACCCUUGUUGCUGUAGAAACCGCUCGCGAGCACAGAUUUGUCUACAGAGUGUCCCGUGGUCUGCCUCUGUUAAAUGCAAGUCCAACGAUCCCUUUAUGUCAUUGUAAUGUCUAGCCAAAGCAGUCUUGAAACAGAGAACAUGAGGACAAACUGAUUAUACCUGAUUAAAAACUGAUGGUUAGCUAUGAGCUAGACCUUUAACCCUGGCCGAUCCCCACCGGGAAAUGGAUUGUUUUGAAACUAAGGGCUGAACUCUGAUAAUCUGGAGAAAGAUGACAGAAGACGAGAUGUUUUCUAUUUCUCUCCCCCUUGCCUUCUCCUUUCCUCUCUGUGCCACCCCUCCCUCCCUCUCUUUUUCUUUCUAGUUUCUUUAAGACCAGUUCACUGUAUACUGUAGAAGUUUCACCCAACACUGGGACUGUUACGCUCACGACACCAGGGUCCCCUAACCAGACUAUGGCCAGACACAGCAUGCAUAUAGCCUACAUAUAGGGGUCAUAAUGCAGUAUUAUUACGUGGCUUCGUGGUGCUGGGUCAACCAUCAUUAAGAGUGAUGUCAUGGACUGGAUUCUUUUAGGGGUGGGUAGACUUUACUUUAGGGGUCUGUUUUGUUUAUUUAUUUUUUAUCGAGGCAAGCAUUUUGUUUUCUGAUAUGAAAGAAUAUAUUUGUUGGAAAUGUCUUGUAAAUAAGUUGUGAAUGAUAAUUUUUAAGAUAACCUUUGCGAAUGUUGUGCAGUGCCGACGUGGGGGUGGGUUGAUUGUAUUUUCUUUGGAAUGUUUAAUGUGUUUUAAAUGAGCUACAGCCCCCCUCACCCCUCCAUCCCACACCAUACUGGGCUUUGAUACCACGAUAUUCAGAGCAUACUGUACCAAACACUCAGUAACUGCCAUCUACAGAGUUACCAUGGAGAUAACGCCAUCAGCAUUCUAAACAAUAUCUGAUAAAAUAAAUAAAAAUGAAAUGUAAAAGUAAACUCAGGCUUUAGUUUGCAAUGUGUGUAAACGUUGAAGCUUUGACUGAUACGACAUCCACUGUUAUGGAGCUGUGCUUUUUUUUUUACACGUAUCUGCCGAAGUCAUCGGUCGUCCACUUUACCCCCUUGCUCACUGACACUACGGCAACAGGCAUCACAACACACCUAAACACAUGCCCAUGAUCAACUGUCAUGAGAAAAAAAUAUCCCACAAUGCAUCACAACGUUUUUCUAAAGAUGAAAUGCAAAGCAUGUUGAAAAGUGCUUAAAGAAAUCCAACUCCACAAGUGUUUGCAUUAACUUUAUAUGCCAUUGUAUGAUGUGUGUAUCUAUAUCUAAAGAAGAAGAUCAAUGUGUCCAUAGAGAGCAGAGUAUUGUUGGGGACCACUGCAUCUCCCUGUGGGUUCCUGUGAGGUCCAGAGCCUGGGMAAUGGGCCAUAUUUACUCUGCAUGUGACCAAAACAAAUCUCCAUCUUGUGUGGCGGUCUCUCACUAACGACUCCUGGUAGAUGUUCCCCUUAACCACAGAUCUAGGAUCAGAAUACCCUCCAUCAAUCUAAAGCUUAACCAUUAGAUACUAACUUAAACAUAGAUCUCGGAUCAAAAUAUCCUCCCUAAAUCUGAACCUUAAUCAAUAGAUACUUAAAACCGUAGAUCUAGGAUCAGCACAUCCUCCUUCGAUCUGAACCUAAACCAUUAGGGGGAUGAGAAAAUAUCUUGCCCUGUAUCAGUGGUAAGGGGCAACUUUCGUACUACUUCGUUAAGCAGACACCUCCUUCCAUUUUGUGUGGCAGAGUGAGUUGCCCUGCCACUCUUAUUGUGCUGUGAUGACCUUCUGUUAUGGGGCUUGUAUAUCCGAUGCCUUCGACAAUCAUGUGCACAUAUCAGUUACCAUGACAACGACAGAAGCCAGAAUUACUGAUUUGUUUGUUUUUUUCUCUCCUGAAAUAAACCCUGAACGAUCAUAAAGCAA